UUUACUUGUGUAUCAGCUGACUUGGUGCUUUCAAAGGCCAAGUUUACAUAAAGAGGGAGAGGAGAUGAUAAGGCAGAGGACGAAAAGGGGGAACGACAAGCGCCGCAGAGAGAGUCUGCGUGCGACCAUGAAAAGCCUGGGAAGAAUAGAGACUAAUUGGGAGAGCGACGCUGUUGCAUAUGCACAACACGUCUGCUAUUACUGCACAACUCGAAUAACAGACCCACCGACUUCCCACGCGCCGUGAGAAAACAUUGCUUUACGUGUCGUCUAUCGUGUGUCUCGUGUACGACUACCUACUGACGCUCUCAAAGUUUAAUCCUUUCUAAUCGUCGAGAUUAAAUUGGUGUUUUUCUUCGUCUGCAGUCCAAGAUAAAUGUACUCCUUUGUAUGAGUGUAUUCAUGUAAGUGAUCUCCCGACUUCUGUUCAGAAAACUCGCUGCCUGUUACGAAACAGACGCAUAGAAGAAUUUCCUGUGAUGUUACUGCGUAUGCUGAAGCGCACAACAUGCGUGUCCAGGAGUCUGUUUACAGAUGCCAACAACUCGCAGAUUUCUGCUGUCGGUGCCUUAGUGAAAGAGAAAGCGAGCGUUGAGGAACAAAACAUACUGACAGAUACUUUUGGGCGAUAUCACACAUAUUUACGGAUAUCACUGACAGAAAGAUGCAAUUUGAGAUGUCAGUAUUGUAUGCCGGAGGAAGGUGUCACUUUAACAAAGAAAGAAAAGCUGCUGACUACGGAUGAGAUCGUCUACCUGGCUGAACUCUUCGUUAAACAAGGAGUUAGGAAAAUAAGACUGACUGGUGGUGAACCUACUGUCCGGAGGGACAUUGUAGACAUUGUCAGUGCCUUGAAGAAAAUAAAAGAUCUCGAAAGUGUCUUAAUGACAACCAAUGGCCUCAUGUUGACAAGACAGCUGGUUGCCUUGCAGAGGGCAGGGCUUGACGGUCUGAACAUUAGCUUAGACACCCUGCAGUCCCAACGCUACAACCAGAUCACGAGGAGGAAAGGCUGGGAGCGUGUCAUGGCUGGCAUAGAUCUAGCCUUGCAACUUGAAUACGACCCUGUGAAGAUAAAUUGUGUUGUAAUGCGAGGUUUUAAUGAAGAUGAAGUGUGCAGUUUUGUGGAGUUAACAAAAGAGAAAAAUGUUGAUGUAAGAUUUAUCGAGUACAUGCCUUUCAGUGGCAACAAAUGGAAUGAUGGGAAGAUGGUCUCAUUUAGUGAAAUGCUCCAAAUAAUUAGAAAGCAGUGGCCUGAUUUUGCACCUCUUCCCAAUGGGCCCAAUGAUACCUCAAAGGCAUACCAUGUCCCGGGCUUCAAGGGACGUGUGGGAUUUAUUACCUCAAUGAGUGAACACUUCUGUGGCACGUGCAACCGUUUACGGAUAACAGCUGAUGGCAAUUUGAAGGUGUGUCUCUUUGGGAAUUCAGAGAUAUCUCUCAGAGAUGCAAUACGAAGCAAAUGCAGUGAGGAUGACUUACUUGCCAUGAUUGGAGCAGCAGUGAGAAGAAAGAAGAAACAACAUGCAGGUGGCACUGACCUUGAUGGCUGCAGUGAUGUCGUGAAGGCACAAAGUCGGAAGUUGUUAAACCUUCAGAAACAAGAUUUUCAAAAGUACUUCUUCUCAGAUACCAAUAUUCCGCCCCUGUUUGUGUCGGAUACACAGAUGUCUCAGUUGUUAUCACAUAAUUUGAGUGUAGUGACUGAAUCUAGAAAACAGUUUCUUUUGCUUCCCUGUACCUCAAUCAUUAUGUGCAAUGCAGGACUCCUAACAAGACAAACGCACAGAGCACAGCCCUCUGUCUUCUCUUGUCGUUUCUGCAGUUCGGGAGCACAGUCUGGAAGUCUGACUCAUGUCGACCGGACCGGCAGGGCGAAAAUGGUCGACGUGGGUUCGAAGCCGGUGACAGAACGGACUGCUACAGCACGAGCAAAGGUUUUUGUGGGACCCGAACUGAUGAAACUCGUACGAGAAAAUGGCCUGAAGAAAGGUGACGUACUUAGCGUUGCUCGCCUGGCAGGAAUUGUGGGGGCCAAGCAGACGUCCAGCCUUAUCCCUCUGUGUCAUAACAUAUCUUUAUCCUCUGUGGCUGUGGACAUUGAACUGGACUCUGCUCUCAAUUGUGUGAUUAUAACUGGCACAGCAAAGUGUAGAGGGCAGACGGGCGUGGAGAUGGAAGCUCUCACUGCUGUAUCGGUGUCUGCCUUAACAGUGUACGAUAUGUGCAAAGCUGUGAGUCAUGACAUUGUGAUAUCUGAAAUAAUGCUUCUGGCCAAAAGUGGGGGAACUAGAGGAGACUUCCACCGGACAUGAGCAUCAGUGUGGGUCAAUGAAAUAAGUUAAGUAUACCUGGUGUGAUGUAGGCAAAUUUCAAAGUCUGUUCGUAGUUUUCAUAAAUUAUAUACACAUCGAAUUGGCCUGAAUAUAAGUUGCACCUUUAAUUUCGAAAAAGAGAGAAACUUAAUUAAAAAUAAUGUGUCAAGUUACCCAUUUACAAAAGCUUUUCAAAAUGUGAUUACCCUUAACCACUUUUUUUGUAGUACACUGUAGAUAAAUUACACAUAAAAACAAAGCUUUCAGUUGCAGUUUUCAUGUAAGACACUGUUAACUUCACUAACAGUCAUUGUUUUGUCACUGUCAGUAUUUUUGUCACUCUCCUCCCAAAGUACAGUGCCGUCGCUACAAUCCCGGGCAUUGCAUGUAGAGCAUUUCUUGAACCGUACCUUUAAAAAGCACAUCUGUUAGAUGAAUAACUGUUGAAAUUUGCAACGUAACUGUACCGAAUUCCAAAAUUUUCUCUCAAUGUUGUGCUUCAUUGGUGAAGAAUAAAUUAUAUUCUUUAGUUAGAGAAAAACUGUGCCUGUCCCAUUGUCUAAAAUAGUGAAACUGUGAGAAUGGUAAUACAGAGGGGUGCAGAAAAAUGUAGACUCUCUUUGAUAGUCAAUAUUGAUGGAACAAAAUGGCAGAGUGUCAAAAUUCUUGCAUGGGAGGAAGAUCAUUUUGUGUGUUCAAAGUGACACCUGUUAGCAGCCAAGCAACAUCAAUGCUGCUGAAUUGUUGACUGAAGUACAGCUGUCAGUGUUGCCGGUGUGGUAGCUGCACAGGAUGUCUUGAUGGUUUCUCAUAUCUCAUGGGUUCUGUUGGUAAACUUUGUUUGUAGAGGUCCCCCAUUGGUAGAAGUAGAGAAUUGUAAGCUCCCGUGACCUAGGUGGGCACUUGACAGCUCCUCUUCGACUUAUCCAUUGUCCAGGUAGAUUUUCAUCUAAGUAGAGUCUGAUAUCUCUGUGGUGGUGAGGCGGAGUACAGUCUUGUAGGUAAAAAUCUUUUAUUUUCAAACACCUCUUUGAUGGCUAAUAAAAUCAAUGUUUGCAGCAUAUGAUACACCUCACCAGUUAUGUACCUUCAAAGAAGAAUGGGUCAGAGAAACAAUACUAUGACGGACCACACCACACAUUAACACAAAGUGAAGUAACAUGUUUGUCCAUGUGAACAUGAGGAUUUUCAGCAGCCCGGUACACGCAGCUAUGACAGUUUACAUUACCAUUCAGGUUGAAUUGCGCCUCAUUAGGCCAGAUAACCUUCCCUGCAAACCAUUAUCCUCGUGAAGCCUGGCUUCAGACCACUCGUAGCGCUCCAUCCUUCGAUUCAGGUUGUCCUCAUUCAUAGUGUGAAACAAUCUUGGAAUGUACACUUUCCACUUUGCAGUCUUCAGAAUUUAUCAUGCACUUGAUCGGCUUACCCCACUUCCCCAUACACCCUGCUUCAUAGAUUUUUGAGAUGAUCUAGAAAAAUGUUGCAAUACAGCAGUGCUGGAACCUGGAGGUUGAUGUUCUUGUUCGGCGGACCUUUCUUUGUGCACAUUUUAAACAGUAUUGUCGGCUUAAAAUUUAUCCCAAAUACAAUAAAUUGUUGUAUAUGUUGGUGGCUGAGAUCCGUACACAUUAUGCCAUUGCCAUUGUACCUCCAUCGUGUUUUCGUACUAACAGUACCACUUCAGUACAGCCUUGCAUUGCUCAAACAAUAGUUGUACUUCAUUCAGUGCUGCGUUGUCAUCUGCUGGAAACCCACAUGACGAGAUCUGUUGGGAAAACAGUGGUUUAUGCUACCACUCAAAAUUGCAGCCAUAUAACACUUUGUUCCAAAGGUAAUAACUAUCAGAGAAUGUCUACAUUUUUCUGGAUCCCUCUGUAGUCACUACCUAAAUGGGAUAUCAACAAAGAGAAUGUUUGCAUUGCUACCUCAUACACAACAAUUGAUUUACAAACUGUAGUGAUAUUUUUGUUUCAUUUCAAACUUAAGAAGAAGCACUACAGUUUAGGUUUCUAUGAUUCAUAAAAGUCCCAGUUUUUAUGGGGUGUGCUGUAUACUCUAAUUUUUUUGGACAUUUUUUGUAGAAAUGGUGUAGCUUAUAUUCAGGCCAGUAUGGUACCUGUUUCCAUCCUGUUUUAAGUCUUAAUUCAAAAUAUUUAUCUUUCUUUUUCCAAUACCUGAUCAAUUUGAGAGAGAUAUUUAAAACAAAAAAUAAGCACUAGCAAGUACGUUAAUUUGCUAUUGUUAAAACUUUUUCUCGUGCAUGUUCUCUACAAUUUUGAUAUGACACCACCUCCACUCUUAUCUUGUUGCCAGUAAAAAGUGAGUAAGUAGGUCAUUAAACUCUCUCUCUCUCUGUGCCCUCCCCCAGCUGUGUGGUAGUGUCCUCUGUGUUGCUCUAUUGUUUCAAUUUUUGAUGAUCCUGUGCUGUGAUGUUGAGGUAUAGUGUAUAUCAGCUCUUUUUUCCUAGGAUCAGGUUGUCAUUGCUGUGUUCAUUGAUGUAAAAUGACACUUUUUUAACAGUUCCUAAAAGGUGCACCACUUCAUUGACACUUUUGCUCAGGUGUAGAGCAUAUUGGCCAGACUAAUUUACAUGUUUCAGCUUUAUACUGUAUGGUAUCCUCUUUUUUUAAAGGCCUAUUAUCUUUCUUGUGUGUGACUUGUCCAGAGAUUGAAAAUGUUAUAUUUUGUAAGUUACCAAUCCAGAACAGGUUUCUGUCAAUUUGAUUCUUCAGGUUUUUCCAGAAGUUUGCUGAAAUUCCCAAGUUGUCCUUUGCACAGUCAGUCAUCAUUGUUUUCCUCGCAUAUUUCGGUAACAUUAGUCGUUGCUUUUACAAAGUGCUACUUGAGACUGAUCGUCAGAUGGAGCAGGUCUGUAAUUUGUUCCCUCUGCCUUCCUGCUUCAUCUACAAUCUGCUCUGACAGACACCAUCUUCAGGUAUCCGUGUUGCGUGAUAUUCCGAGUGCAAUCUACACUCACGGGCAUGAUCCUCGUGUGUUAUGUUUUCAGUCCAAGCUGGCUGGUAGAAUUCUGUUUGCGGGCUGUCCCAGUUUGGGGACAAGAUCGGCAGGGCAUGAAAGCCUAAUCUUUCAUCUUUCAGUUAACUCAAAUGUCGAGUGUCACUUUUUUCAUGUACUGCGGUUACAAAUAUAAGAAAAUGAAAAUUUCUCAACAUAGUCAUGUUUCUUUUCAAUAUGUUUCUCAGAUCAGUACACUGCAAUGUAAAUACUUCAUUAAAAGAAUGUAUUUUUGAUUGUUUCUUCAGUCAAAGAUGCAUUGCCUUUUUGGCUUAACAAUCAAUGUUAAAUCAUUGUCCCUCAAAUAAUCCUGCAGGGGUUUGACAACAUGAGACCAUGGCUUUAUGGAGAAUCACCUAGAAUUAGCUGCCGUCUUUUCUGACAUGAUUUUAAAUCAAUGCUAUCAUCACUGUUUCUUUUGCUUAGGGUUUUGAGUCUAGGAAUGAUGCAAACAAUCAGCAGUUUAUUUCUUUCUUUCGUGAUCUUUUUUCUCCUCCCUAGCCCCCUUUCUUCUUUCAUUUGGUAGUCUCGAGCAAAUUGAAUAUUCCUGCUUUUGUUUGUAUUUAUUAAUCUGUUUGUGCCUCUAAUUCUUAAAAGAAUUCAUUAUGACACUAAUACUCUGAAGCAGCAGCAGCAAAUUUGGGGGAAAAGAGCUGCAUUCAUUUAUGCUGUUGUAAAAUGGAGGAAUUGGUUGUAGUUGGAAAAAAAAUCUGCCUUUUACAGCUGCUGAUUUUUGUCAUUUAUUUUAUGUAGCCCACCCAUGAUCUACAAUCAGGUCUUCCUUUUUACGUUGUAUUUUUUAUAAGAAUGUUGAAAUAUAGAUGAUUGUUAUGCAUCUUUGCAGCAGCUAAACUUGAAUAUUGUACUUAAAAAUGUUAUUUGUUGUCUUUUUUAAAUUAAAUUGUUAUGUUUAAGAAGUGAAUUAAAUAAUUGUUAUCUGUGACAUAAUUUUGUAGCAGCUAAAAUUAAAUGCUGGUCUUCAAUAUUUGGGGUAUGAUUGUUGUACUUAGAAAAUGAAUGUGUGCCUUGUGCACUAUGUUGUUACAGUAAUUUGGAGUUUAUUUUGUACAUCAUCUGGUGUAAAUUAUAAGGAAUUUAAUAAAGGUGAAAGUAAUAAUGCUGUU